AUGGCCGCGGAGCGCCUGGAGCCCCAGAGUCCGAGCUCGGCGGCCCGGGAGCCGCGCUCCCCGGAGCUGCCAGACCUGGUCCUGGUGCCCGAGGACGGCAGCCCCGCCACGCCCCCGCCCGCCCUCAUUGAGAUCCAGGUGGUGAAGGUGACGGACACCACCCCGCUGCCGGAGCCCCCGGAGCCGGGCUCCCUCCACUGUGCCUUGUGCCCCGCCGCCUUCCGUCUGGUCUCCGAGCUGCUGUUCCACGAACAUGGCCACCUGGCCGGGGCCGAGGGCGGCGGGCGGGGCGCGGACCCCGGCCGGUGCCACGUGUGCGGCCACAGCUGCCCGGGCCCCGCCAGCCUCCGCGCGCACUACAGCCUGCACACGGGCGAGCGCCCGCACCGCUGCCCGCUCUGCCCCCGCGCCUUCCGGGCGCUGGCGGCCCUGCUGCGGCACCAGCUCCGGCACGGGGCGGCGCCGGGAGCCUCUCGGAGGCCCCCCGAGGCGGCAGCGGUGGCCACUCGGGGACAGGGGCCCCCCGGGGUGCCCCCGGAGCGCUCCGAGGCGGCGGCGGCGGCGGGCGCGGCCGCGGGGAAGCCGUUCGCCUGCCGGUUCUGCGCCAAGCCGUUCCGCCGCUCCUCGGACAUGCGCGACCACGAGCGGGUGCACACGGGCGAGCGGCCCUACCACUGCGGCGUCUGCGGCAAGGGCUUCACGCAGUCCUCGGUGCUGAGCGGCCACGCCCGCAUCCACACCGGCGAGCGCCCCUUCCGCUGCGCGCUCUGCGACCGCACCUUCAACAACUCCUCCAACUUCCGCAAGCACCAGCGCACGCACUUCCACGGCCCGGGGCCCGGGCCCAGGGACGCCGGGAGCCAGCCGGCGGCGGGGGCCGAGGGGCCCGGGAGGGGGCGUGGGGCGGGAAACACGCGGGAAGAGGGGCGUGGGGAGACGGCGACCAUGAAGGCGGAGGUCGACCAGUAG